AUUUGCACGUCAAAGGUUCUCCAUACGGCGUCGUACAUUUAGACUCGGAACCCGCAAGACCUGAUUCUGACAAAACAACAAAUGCCAUUUUCGUCAAAGUAAACGUCGGGUCUGUCAAUCCCUCUCACUCCUCCGUUCAAUCUCUGCAUUUCUGGUCGAUAGAUCUCUCCAGCUCCAUCACAUCCACCACCACCAUCGCAAAUGACGAAACCACCCUUCUUCCCUCUUUCUUUCCUCAUUAUCCUUUCCCUCUUCACCCUCACCGUCGCCGAAAUCAAAACCUUAAAUAUCAACAACGAUGAUCGACCUAUGAUCCUUUUCGAGAAAUUCGGCUUCACGCAUACUGGUCACGUGGGCAUAUCCGUCUCUUCCGUCUCUGUAUCCUCCUCUAUCAACGCCCCUAACCCUAGCCCUUCUCGUCUGGGCUUCUUUCUCCUAUCUGAAGAGUCUCUCCUUCAAGUCCUCCUGGAGAUCCAACAAAACCCGAAUUUUUGCGUUCUUGAGUCUCACUAUACCCUUCAUCUUUUCACUUUCCGCGAUCUCUCUCCACCGCCUCUCUCUUCAUUCGAUCGAUCUUUCCCUGUAACAGCGCCAAAUGAAUACUCUCUUUUCUUCGCCAAUUGCGCGCCGGAGACGCGCGUUUCCAUGGCGGUGACAACGGAGCUUUACAAUCUCGAGCGUGAUGGAUCUAGGGAUUACCUCUCCGCUGGCCUUACACAGUUACCUUCCCUUUACUUCUUCUAUUCGGUUGCAUAUCUCGCUUUUCUUGGCUUUUGGAUCUACAUUUGCCACACGAAUAGAAGAUCUGUACAUAGGAUCCAUUUAUUAAUGGCUGGAUUGUUGCUAAUGAAAGCGCUUAACUUGAUCUGUGCCGCGGAGGAUAAGCAUUACGUCAAAGUCACCGGUACUCCUCACGGUUGGGAUGUUCUGUUCUACAUUUUCCAGUUUAUUCGCGUCGUUUUGCUCUUUACGGUGAUUGUUUUGAUUGGCACCGGCUGGUCGUUUUUGAAGCCAUUCCUGCAAGAGAAGGAGAAGAAGGUGUUGAUGAUUGUUAUUCCACUUCAGGUCUUGGCUAAUGUAGCUUCUGUGGUGAUUGGUGAGACUGGGCCUUUUAUUAAAGAUUGGUUUACCUGGAAUCAGGUGUUCUUGUUAGUGGAUAUUAUCUGUUGUUGCGCGAUUAUUUUCCCUAUUGUGUGGUCGAUCCGGUCUUUGAGAGAGACCUCUAAGACUGAUGGGAAAGCUGCAAGGAAUUUAGCCAAAUUGCAACUGUUUAGACAAUUUUACAUUGUUGUUAUUGGGUACUUGUAUUUCACAAGGAUCGUGGUUUUUGCUCUUAAGACUAUUGCGGCUUACAAAUACCAGUGGGUUAGUAGUGCCGCGGAGGAGACAGCUAGUCUGCUGUUUUAUGCAGUUAUGUUUUAUAUGUUUAGGCCUUUGGAGAAGAAUGAGUAUUUUAUUCUUGAUGAGGAGGAAGAGGAGGCUGCAGAGAUGGCUCUGAAGGACGAAGAAUUUGAGCUUUGAAAGGGAAACCCACUGAGAUGCAACUUUUCCUGUUGCAAUGUAAUAUUUCCCCGGUGUUUUUUAGCUGAUAGAAUUAUAUGGUUCGCUCUGAUAUCUCCCUUCCUGCUCUUAUUUUGCAUUUACUUUGAUUUGAUUUUGUAUUAAGUUUCGGUUCAACUCUUACAACAAGUUUAAUAUUAAUUGUGUAGUGGCUAUAAUAUUGGUCAAUGGAUUUUUCAUGUCUUAACCCGUUAACUAGUUCAUCAUAUAGCAGUCCAAAUCUUUUGCAA